CGAUGGCCGACCAAAAAUAACUCCAACGUACAAGCAAAUCGUUCACAUAAGACGUACAAAACCUUUGUGUGUUAUUCAUGCUAAAUUGCCUUGCAUGUUGUAGUUUAUGACUGCAUGUCAUUAAUUUUAACUAAGUCACGGUGAAUACAGUUUAAUUACAUUAGGAAAGAACACCGAAGAGCAUCCGGCCUUGUUUUAGUCGGUCCGCAGAACGGUUUACACAUCCCUCUCACAUGGGAACUUCAAUUUUUAUUUGCAAUCAAAUGUGAACCGAAAAACGCUCGAGUUUUGCCUUUGAAAUAUCUGCGCCGUCGUCAUGUUGAAGUCUAAAACCUUCGUUAAGAAGACGCGGUCCGGCCGGGUGAUGAAAAUAGUGCGCGAGCAUUACCUGCGAGACGACAUUUGGUGCGGAAGCGAGGCGUGCGACGAAUGCCAACAGGAGUCCACCGUGUUGCAGAGAGAAGCGUGCAUCGAGAGCAACUUGUGCUCAUUUUCGCAUUACCUCAUCCCGGACACUAAUGUGGUGUUACACCAGAUUGAUGUUUUGGAGGACCCUGUGAUUCGUAACGUGGUGAUCCUCCAGACCGUUCUCCAGGAAGUUCGCCACCGCAGUGCGCCGGUCUACAAGCGUCUCAAGGACCUCAUCCACGAGGGAGAAAGACACUUCUACAGCUUCACCAAUGAGCACCGCAGAGAGACAUUCGUCGAACGCGAACCGGGGGAGAGCGCCAACGACCGGAACGACCGAGCGAUCCGUGCGGCGGCCAAGUGGUACAACGAGCACCUCGCAAAUCCCGAUGGCCCUAAGGUGGUGCUCCUAACUAAUGACCACGCUAACAAACAGAAGGCACAAGAGAGCGGUCUGCUGGUGUACAAAUUUGAGGAGUACAUCAAGGGCCUGAUAGCAAACCCCGAGCUUGUGGAUCGCCUGGCGUUGUCAAAUGAUGAAAAGAACGAUAUCACCUGCAGUAGGGUGUUAUUCCCCGAGCACCUCCCGCUGUCCAAGAUCCAGGCCGGCAUCAAAAGCGGCUCCUUCCUCCAGGGAACCUUCAAGGCUAGCAGGGACAACUACCUAGAGGCCAAAGUCUUUAUCCAAAAAGACGAGGAAGACGACACAGAGGUCCUCAUCCAGGGCCUACAGAACCUCAACCGAGCCGUGCACCAAGAUGUGGUUGCAGUGCAGCUGUUGCCACGCAGUCAGUGGGUGGCGCCCUCUUCCGUCAUGCUGCAGGAUGUGGGCUCGGCCAAGGACGACACCACCGAAGAAGAGGAGGAGGACGCUCUGAGAAGUUCCGCAGGGGUUGUAGACAGGAAGCCCACCGGCAAAAUAGUGGGCAUCAUCAAGAGGAGCUGGAGGCCCUUCUGCGGCAUGCUCAAUAUCUCCCAAAUCAAAGAGUCGACGCGGCACCUUUUCACGCCCGCGGACCGCUGCAUUCCACGCAUCCGCAUCGAAACUCGCCAAGCGUCCACCUUAGCAGGCCAGAGGAUCAUGGUGGCCAUUGACGGCUGGCCCAAAGACUCCAGAUAUCCAAAUGGUCACUUUGUUCGUAGUUUGGGCGCGGCAGGGGAGAAGGAUACAGAAGAGGAAGUCCUGCUGUUGGAGCACGACGUUCCCCAUCAGGCCUUCUCUCAGGUGGUGCUCAGUUUUCUUCCCAAAAUGCCAUGGAGCAUCAAACCAGAGGACAUGGUGGGCAGGGAGGACCUGAGGCAUCUGACAGUGUGCAGUGUGGAUCCUCCCGGAUGCACAGACAUUGACGACGCACUCCACUGCAGAAAGCUGUGCAACGGGAACUUCGAGGUGGGAGUCCACAUUGCGGACGUCAGUCACUUCAUCAGACCCGGGAACGCUCUGGACAAAGAGGCCGCCAACCGAGGCACGACGGUUUACCUUUGUGGGAAGAGGAUCGACAUGGUUCCUGAGCUGCUGAGCUCCAAUCUGUGUUCGCUACGCUCCAACGUGGAGAGGCUGGCUUUCUCAUCUAUCUGGGAGAUGACUCAAGACGCUGAAGUUCUAAAAACCCGUUUUACCAAAAGUGUCAUCAACUCCAAGGCAUCUCUGACCUACGCAGAGGCCCAGAUGAGGAUCGACGACACCAGUAUGAAGGACGACAUCACCAAAAGCCUACGCAGCCUCAACAAGCUCGCCCAAAUCCUCAAGAAGCGCAGGAUCAAGAAAGGGGCGCUGACGCUGUCCUCCUUGGAGGUCCGCUUCCACAUGGACAGCGAAACCCAUGACCCCAUUGAGCUUCAGACCAAAGAGCUCAUGGAGACCAACUCUAUGGUUGAAGAGUUCAUGUUGCUGGCCAACAUAUCAGUCGCCCAGAAGAUUUACGACGAGUUUGCAGAGUGCGCCCUGCUGAGGAAACAUCCGGCACCGCCGCCUUCAAACUACGACAUCCUCCUGAAGGCAGCAAAGUCCAAGGAUGUGCUGAUCCACACGGAUUCAGCUAAGGCGCUGGCCGACACCCUGGAAGCGGCAAAAGUGGACGGCUUUGCGUACUUCAACACGCUGCUGCGCAUCCUGGCCACUCGCUGCAUGAUGCAGGCCGUCUAUUUCUGCUCGGGCAUGGACAGCGACUUCCACCACUACGGUCUCGCCUCUCCCAUUUACACGCACUUCACGUCGCCCAUUAGGAGGUACGCUGACAUAAUAGUGCACCGCCUUCUGGCUGUGGCCAUCGGAGCAGACAGCACCUACCCGGAUUUGACGGACAAACACAAACAGUCGGCGCUGUGCAACAACCUCAACUACAGACACAAAAUGUCGCAGUAUGCUCAGAGGGCGUCCGUGGCCUUCCACACACAGUUGUUCUUCAAGAGCCGAGGCAUCGUGAGCGAGGAAGCAUUUGUCCUGUUUGUGAGGAAGAACGCCAUCAUCGUACUCAUCCCGAAGUUCGGCCUGGAGGGAACGGUCUUCUUCGACGGCAAGGACAAAAGCGGCCCCAACCUCGUAUUUGAUGAGGAGCGUCCAUCUCUGACUGUGGAGCAGCACACCUUCCAUAUAUUUGACCGGGUGAAGGUCACUGUCAGCCUGGAUGACUCCAAUAUUCAGCACCAGAAGAUACGCAUGGCCUUGACUGAGCCCGUGAUCCCAGGUGUGAGUGUUUCAGCCACGGACGUUGAAACGCAAAAUAAGAAGCCCAAACUGGACCGUUGAGCUGCCCCUUUUCAUCGAGAUUCUUCUUUGGACAAUUUAAUGAGACUGCCAUACAACCUUGUUUUUUCCUCUUAAUUCAAAGGGGUUUUUUAUGCUUAGAUAAAAAAUUUUUACACAUCCUUACAUGAUAUCUAAAAUUCAAUAUUUUAUGUUUUAAGAGGUCAAAAUAAAGUGAUGGGCAGUCUGCUUCAUCACCUCCAAUGUCACUAUUGAACGCAGUGUUGGGGAGUAACUAAUUAUAACUAGAUUACAUAAUUACAAAAUGUAAUUGUAAUCCAUUUUAUUACUGCGAGAAAAUGUGUAAUUAAAUUAGUUGCUUUUUGAAAUUUUCAAGGUUACAAUUUUAGUUACAUUUGAACAAUAGCCGCAAAAAAAAUUUCCCCCAUGUCACUUCCUCCUACAGCCGACACCACUGAUUGGCUCUCUCUAGUCAUGUGCCAUUAUGCCAUAGUCUCAACUUUCUCAAAACAUUUUUUAGAGGAAUCAUCCAAGGGUCAUGUUAGUGUAUUCAUUUGAAAUUAAGUAGUCAAAUGUAAUUAUCUUACUUUAAGUAACUGAAAUAGUUACACUAUUAUUACAUUAUCAACAGGGUAACUUUUUUUGGGGGGGGGGGGUUCAGGCAAACAGCAUCAUGGAUUUCACGAGUUAUAAUUUUUGCUGUAUCACGUACUGCAGUAUGUGGACAUGAGUUGCUUCUUUCCAAUGAAGAAUGAAACUAAUAAAAUCUCAUUUUUACUCUGCCAUUGUCGCACUGUCAUGUAAAAAGAAGCGAAGCACCACCAUAUGGAGGACUGUCAUGUUGGCAUUCAAUAAAGUGACAAGUAUUGUUCA